UCGAAAUUCCCGGCGUUUCCAAUUUCCAUCAUAAACUAAUAACCCGUGUCUCACGGCCCAUACUUUCAUAAGUCAAAACCUAAAAAUUCAGAGCAUCUGGAAAGAGACAACGAGGAGGAAAGUAAGAUUGGAAAGAGAAAAGUCUCUGCAAAUGGGAUUGUUGACUCUGUUUCCCUCAACCUCCUUAUGUAAUCGUAAUCCAUGGCGUAUUCAUCCAACACCUAUCAAAACAAACCCACCAACAACCCCUCCAUUUAUUAACAUUUUGACUUUUUGCUCACCUCAUUCUCCCCUUUUUAUUAACGCAUUUCAAUUUCAACAAGCUUUUGUAAAACCCAAUUCGGAAGAUUCGUCUCAGAGAAAAUUCAAGAUUUUGUCAUUCAAAUCAUGGGAAAUUGUUGCAUCACCUCAAAUAACAACAAAAACGGGUGAAUUCGGAACAACAUAUUUGUGUACGGAUGUGGAAACGGGUGAAAAAUUCGCGUGCAAAUCGAUAUCAAAAAAGAAGCUUAAAACAUCGAUAGAUAUUGAGGAUGUGAAAAGGGAAGUUGAGAUAAUGAAGAAAUUGCCAAAACAUUCGAAUAUUGUGACAUUAAAAGAUAGUUAUGAGGAUGAUAAUGCAGUGCAUAUAGUGAUGGAGUUGUGUGAAGGUGGAGAGUUGUUUGAUAGGAUUGUGGCAAGAGGACAUUAUACUGAAAGAGCAGCAGCUGCUAUUAUGAGGACAAUUGUGGAAGUUGUUCAGAUAUGUCACAUGCAUGGAGUGAUGCAUCGAGAUCUUAAACCCGAGAAUUUUCUUUUUGCAAAUAAGAAAGAAACUGCUGCUAUAAAAACCAUUGAUUUUGGGCUAUCGAUCUUCUUUAAACCAGGUGAGGUUUUUAAAGAGAUAGUUGGGAGUCCAUGGUAUAUGGCUCCAGAAGUUCUAAAACGAAAUUAUGGCCCUGAGGUUGAUGUAUGGAGUGCAGGGGUAAUUUUGUACAUUUUGCUUUGUGGGGUCCCACCUUUUUGGGCAGAAACUGAACAAGGAGUAGCUGAAGCAAUUAUUAAAUCAGUAAUCGAUUUCAAGAGAGAUCCAUGGCCUAAAGUUUCUGAAAAUGCCAAAGAUCUUGUCAAGAAAAUGCUUAAUCCUGAUCCAAAGCUUCGCCUUACAGCUCAACAAGUUCUUGAACACCCAUGGUUAUUCAAUGCAAAAUCGGCUCCAAAUGUCUCAUUGGGAGAGGUUGUGAGGUCAAGGCUUAAACAGUUUUCAGUGAUGAACAAGCUCAAGAAACGUGCUUUGAGAGUGAUAGCCGAACAUUUAUCGGCUGUUGAAGUGGCUGACAUAAAGGAAACAUUUGAUAUGAUGGAUAUUGGAAAGAAAGGGAAGAUAAAUCUUGAAGAACUUAGAAAUGGUUUAUUCAAACUUGGUCAACUAAUGAAUGAUGAAGAUCUUCAAAUAUUAAUGGAAUCCGUUGAUGUUGAUGGAGAUGGAGCCCUAAAUUAUGGAGAGUUUGUAGCUGUGAAUGUUCAUCUAAAAAGAAUGGCAAAUGAUGAACACUUACACAAAGCUUUUUCAUUUUUUGAUCAAAAUCAAAAUGGUUAUAUAGAGUUUGAAGAAUUGCGUCAUGCAUUGAGUGAUGAUGAGAAUGUUCAAGACACUGAAGGAGUAAUCAAUGCAAUAAUGCAUGAUGUUGACACCGAUAAGGAUGGACGCAUCAGUUAUGAUGAGUUUGCUGCUAUGAUGAAAGCUGGCACGGAUUGGAGAAAAGCCUCAAGGCAAUAUUCAAGAGAACGUUUUAAUAAUCUUAGUUUGAAAUUGGUAAAAGAUGGCUCAUUACAAUUAGCCAAUGAGUGAGAAAAUGAAUAAAUAAAAUGGUAACAUUUAUCUAACAAAAAAGAAGCUAAUUUUACACGAAUGCAAAACUUCAAUAGAGAUUUUGCAUUUGAACAACUCGAGGAAAUACAAAUCCGCAUACAAAGACCUUUUGUGAUUUACCAAAGGCGUGAAGAUUUGGUGAAUUGAAGUAUAUGUUAAGAGUAUCUACCGUGACGAUAACUUCAUUGAAGUGUAUAGGAGAUCUUGAUUGAUUUGAGAUUAUAGUUGAUAUGUAUUUUUUAUAUCUGCACAUGUUUGGUGCACCUCUUAUUCUACUGAUGUAUAGUCUAGAGACUACAAAUCCUUUACCUAUACAAACAAUACCUUAAUGUGCUUAACAAUUUUUGGUGUUUAAGUUUUUGUUACAUUUGAUAAUAUAAUUUUAAAGAUAAUAAAGUUAUAACGAUUGUUUAUGGGUUUGUUUA